AGAAAAGAAAACAAAGCGGGUUAAACCGGAUAAAAGAAGGUGGUUAGGGCAGUUUUGAAAGGGGGGUAUAAAAGCAAUAGAAGAAGCCAGUCAGCAGUUUUAGGGCGGAAACGAAGAUACAAAGCCGAACUCCAGGGCUCCAUUUUUACGAACCCAGAAAAAGAGAGAGGAAAAUGGAACAAUACGUAAAGGUAGAGAAGCCUAAAGUGGAGACACCGAUUGAUGAGAAUGAGAUUCGCAUAACCAGUCAAGGCAGGAUGCGCAGCUAUAUCACCUAUGCCAUGACCCUUCUUCAGGAGAAAGGUUCGGAAGAAAUUGUCUUUAAGGCUAUGGGUAGAGCAAUUAAUAAGACUGUGACAAUUGUUGAGCUGAUUAAGAGAAGAAUUGUUGGUCUGCACCAGAUCACAUCAAUUGGAUCCACUGGUAUCACCGACACUUGGGAGCCAUUAGAGGAAGGCCUCCAUCCGAUUGAAACUACGAGGCAUGUUUCUAUGAUUACCAUAACCCUUUCGAAGACGGAGAUGGACACAUCUGCUAUUGGGUAUCAGCCUCCUUUGCCUGCUGAUCAAGUGAAACCAUCUAAUGAUUAUGAUUAUGAAGGAGAUGGCUCUCCAAAUGCUCGAGGCAGGGGUCGUGGUGGUAGAGGAAGGGGAAGGGGCAGAGGUCCAGCAGGCAAUGGAUUUAUGUCUGCUGAUUAUGAGGAGGGAGGCUGGGAUCAGAAUCGAGGCUAUCCUAGGGGUAGGGGCAGAGGUAGAGGCCGUGGUUUCCGUGGUCGUGGAAGGGGAGGUUACAGUUACAGUGGUCCUAUGGUUGACCCCCAGCAAAAUGCAGGAGGUUACAAUCGAGGCCCACCAGUUCAAGGCCGUGGUCGUGGCCGUGGGAGGGGAGGAGGUCGUGGAAGGGGUGGCCGCGGUGGACGCUCUGACGGCCCUGUCCCUGUUGAGGCUGCUGCUGGAGAUGCUUGAUUGCUCUUCCUUUGAACAGAUAAUGCGCAGGGGUUCUUGUUUUGCAAGUGUGAAAUGCCUGCUCUGUCUCUCUAUGUUUGACAUUGGUUUUUUGUUUUGUCAACUAAUUGUACUUUAUAGGACUUGUUGAAUGUGUACCAUUAGACUGUAGUUUAGAUUAAAGCUUCCUGUAGCCCAAUUUGUGGCAAUUUUUCUGUUUUCCUUAGAGUAGAUUGAGUUGCUUGUUUUGGUAAUUGUAAUUUUUCUUUCCCCAACAUUGGCGAGCAGUGCAUUCUUUUAUUUGUUCA